AUGGCUUUCCCAUUCAACCCCAACACAGUCAAGCGCAACGCACGCGCCUACGGCUUCAACACCCAAGAAGCGGCCAUAUUCACACAUAUUGCCCUCGACCAACUCCGGGACCUCAAUGCGUCGUCCUCCGAGCCCGUCACUGUCGAACGAAUCGCGGAAGCCAUAAAGGAGUAUGCCACCAAAGAAGUGGAACGGGAAAGGGCAAUCAAGCCCGAAGUCAGGGAUCGGGGCGUCUCCAUCCUCGACGACAUGGAAGCCGACUUGCUGGAGAUGGAAACCGGAGCCUACAAAUCCAAAGACAGCAACAUGCCAGAACCGAGAAUCGCAGAGGAAGAGACCGACGGCCAACCGACCAAGCGAUUCAAGUUUGAUGACGACGGACUGGAGCUCUACUUCGGCAAAGAAGAUCCGUAUGGCAUGCAAACAGAAGUGACCCCGUUUAGUCUCAAGUAUUAUAAUCAAGAUAUAAUUACGGCCAUGUGCUCCCGGGUCGAACUAGCCGUUGAAUUGGGGAAGCAGCUUGCGCCUGAGGACCUAGUCAGCCUGUACGCGACGAGCCGCACGUUUCACAACGCUAUUAAUGAACACAUGCUCUCCAGCAUCCGCAUGUGGAUUGCACAUCGAGCCCCAGAGGCAGGCAGGAUAUUCCAGUUUCGCCUGUACAGACGAUAUCUGGUGAUGGACCCGGCGGGGAGGACGUGGCGCGAGCAGUGUCAGGGAGAUGAGGCGGCGAGGGCGAACCCCAAGCUCAUGGCGCAGAUUCGUUCGGUCCCAGGCCUGCGAUACCUGCAGCUCGUUCUGAGGAGGGAUCGCUGCUGCAGGCAAAUCAUCGGAAUCAUGGCAAGAAACGGCUUCCUCAUGCCCAGGUCGAUGCAUGGGACGCUGCUCCGCCUCUGGCUGCUCAUGGACAUCGCCACCUCCGGCCAGCGGCAAGCUCUCCUGCGCAACCAGGACAUCUGGUCAGACAACCACAUCUACAAUGCGCAAAUGUUCUUCAUGAAGCUCCUCAUGGCGUUCAACGAUCCCACGUACGGCCCCGGCAGCCCCGAACUCCUCCACCUGUUCCUGGGCCAAAAGGGCCUCUACCCACUCUGGCAGCUUCUCAUGCGCAAGAGAUUCACCACUCUCCCCGAUCUGAUCGACCUCCAAGUCAGAUACCAGUACGAAAUCCCCCCCGAGCUCGUCGCCAACCAGGCCGGCGAGCAAACCACCAUACAUGGCGUGCCUCUCCACGAAGUGGGAACAGGGCACUACGAGGGCUGGGGCCUGGGAGACAACCACCUCCUCCGCCCUGACGAACUCAUCCCCAUGGAGGCCACGGCACGAACUCUUGAUCUAGAGCACCACUUGAUAUACAUGAUGAUGUGGGGAUACUUCGACACCCGCGACGGCGACAACAUCGUCCCCACCGAAGAAGACAUGUACAUCUCCGACGAGGAGAAUGUCCUCAAACACAUGGACACGUCGCACCACUGGAAGAAGAAGCACGCCCUGAAGAAGAAGUUCUUCCACCUGUCCGCGGAGGAGAAGCAGAAAAUCCUGGACGACGACGAAGACGACCGCCUGCGAGCACUAGCCUGGACAGGCGAUGCCUCAGAAGGUGACGACGACGACGACGGGGGAGAAGAGCAUCCUUAUCCCCUCGACGAAGAAAUCAACCGCGGCUUCAUUGUCCGCUCCCCACGCAAGGAUGAAAAGAAAGUCAGCGUUCCAGAAAUGAACGACAAGCAAGGGUGGGAGGAGUUCGUCAACGCCGCAUUGAUGACCGUCGCCCCUGAUUUGGGGGAAGACGAGGGCCUGAGGGCGCAGGCGUGGCAUAAUUACUCUAAUGAUGAGACGGAGGGGCAGUGGGAUUGGCAGGCGUGGCUGGCGCAGGAGGAAGCGAAUAGGGAUGCCGAGCGCACGGAAGAAGGGGAGCGCGAGAGUGAGGCCGAGACUGUCAUCAUGGAGGAUGAAGAUGUAGCUGAUGACGAGGACACCGGUAGUGAGAUGGAGAAUGGCGAGUUGGAUGAUCCGCUGCUGGUCGAGUUGAGAGAGUAUCUUAAUGGGGAGGGGGUUCAGCCAAGCGCCGAGUUGAGACAGUUGCUCGGGGAUUACGCCUAG